CUAGGUUGCUAUGGAAGGACCUACCUUAGAUUAAGUGAUCCUUACGUCGAACGCACCUUGCUUGAAUAGCUUAAUAAGUUUAAUAGAAGGGGUCACGACCUUCAAAUGUACUAUCUCUUUCCUUCUGCAUACCUACUCAACCCUUGUCCAAGUAUCUUUAUCAUGCUUGACUUCGUUUCUUAAUUUUCUGCUUUCUGACAAGACAAUAUUCCAUCAAUACUCACCAUCUAUUGCUUCUCUUAUGGUAACAUCGGAUAUUCAACAAUUGGCUACCGUUUUGUAGAUUACCUGACAUCAUUUCACCAUCCAAAUACUUUCUAUAGCCGGUUUUCUACUUCUCGCAAUUCGACAACAAUCGUCGCCAUGAUUGGCCUCAGAAAGCUGCUUCUUGUAUUCACCGCAGUAGCCAGACUAACUUAUGCUCACCCUCUCUUAUCGCACGAAAACGAUCACCCCCCGCGCGAUGCGGGUCGGUAUAUCGUCACCCUCAGGGAUGGCCUAGGGUCAUCCAGCGUGGACCAACAUAUACGACGAGCUAGUAGUCUACAUGCUCGCAGCAAUUCACCCAUGGUCGAGAUGGGGAAACGGUGGAAUAUUGGUUCUUGGAAUGCUUACUCUUGUACCAUGGAUCGGGAUACACUUGCUAAGAUCAGUACCGAUGAGGCCGUGGAGAUAGUCGAACCUGACAGCGAAAUCGCCCUGGCGAGGCACAUCACUCAGAGCGACUCCCCAUGGGGUUUAGGUGCCAUCUCUCACAGAUUGACGAAUAAGACGGAGUACGUAUACGAUUCGAGGGCCGGUGAGGGUACCUACGCCUACAUCCUCGACACGGGAUUGUUGACUUCACACGAUGAGUUUGAAGGCCGUGCCUCUUUAGGCUAUAAUGCUGUCGGCGGUUCAUUUGUGGACCCCUUUGGCCAUGGUACACACGUCGCCGGUACCAUUGGCGGCAAAACAUACGGCGUCGCCAAGAAGUCAAAACUCAUUUCAGUCAAAAUCUUCUCGGAAUACAAGUCAUACACGUCGGAUCUUCUUGACGGAUACCACUGGGCCGUCAACAACAUCACAGGACAACAUCGUCAAGAGACUUCUGUCAUCAGCAUCAGCGCAGGCGGGGAAGUCAAAGAAGCCGUCAACCGGGCUGUCGAGGAGGCGUACAAGCAAGGCAUACUGACCAUCGUGUCAGCCGGCAAUUCCAACGAAGACGCCAAGAACUUUUCACCCGCUUCUUCGCCAAAGGUAAUCACUGUUGGUGCGAUAGGCCGACAAAACACCCGUUCCAAUUUCAGCAAUUGGGGUGACUCAGUCGAUAUCUUUGCCCCCGGCGAAAGAGUCCAGUCGGCUUGGAUCCGAAGCAACCAAGACUCCCGCUCCGUAGACGGAACAAGCAUGGCUACGCCACACAUCUCAGGUCUCGUCCUGUACCUGAAGAGUGUUAUACCCUACCGGAUGAAGUCGCCAGAUGACAGUAUCAAGGAACUAAAGCGUCUAGCAACGAGCAAUGUUAUUAUCAAUGCGAAAAGCUCGAAUAACUUGCUUGGUUUCAACGGCAAUGGCAUUGUCAUUGUCGCAGAUGAUUAAAGAUGGUGGUUACAUAACUCUAGCUUACGGAAGUGUUCCCUGCACACGGUCUACACAACACGGCGCCUAGGAAUACAGAUCACAAAUAGUAUAAUGUGUAAUAUCCUUUCCCAUCACGUAAAUAAGUCAAUCCCAUUACGCCUCAAGUAGUAGUAUUAGCACAGUAAUACAUAAAUUAAUUACAAUAUUCUCCUUCAGUGAUAAACCGAGAAACUACCUACAAGGUAAGGUACCCAGGUACUCAGUAAAUCGUUCGCUCAUAAUUAGGGUAGCCCCUGAAAACAACA